AGAAAGAACGAAAGAAAAAAAUUGUCUUUUCUGUGAUAUGUUCAAUAGGUGUAUGGAACAGAUAUAUAUGCACACACCCACAUUUACACUCUCAUGUAACGUAUGCUGAUUUUCUUUUAACAUGUUUCUUUUGAAUUAAAUGGAAUUUAUUUUUUUCAUUUUUAUUUUAAGAAGUUACUACAUAUCUUGUUAAAUCGAUUCUGCCUGUUCAGAUCAAUCAUUUUCUGUCAUCUCGUGAGGAUCGUUAUGUAUAUGAAUGUAUUAAUGAUGAGCAGCCAGCAAUUCGUACAUUAAGGCACCCCCCUCCAAAAAGUCACGUUUCUUCAAAAUGAUCGAAAUUGAGAUAACCUCACGGGGGUUUAACUCGUCAAAUGCUCUUUCAUAAAUGAUAAAAGCUUUUACUCAACACCUCUUUUUUCCGAAAAUUCUGGAAAAUUUUUAUCACCCCCUAUUCGAAAAAUAAGCGGUUUUUACAAAAAAACCAAAGAUCAUUUUUCGUUUUUCAUAGAACGUGGGUUCAACGACAUAUCUCCAGCGGAACUCUAUCACAGUAAGAGAUAAAGCAAAUAUUUUUUUUGUUUAAAAGCUUAUGUGCAGGGCUAGCGAUUCUCGUGGCCCUUUUUUUAAAAUAAGCUUUUUUAUUAUCAUAGAAGAUAACAUCUCUAUCGGAGCAGCGCAAUUUCUAGAGAGGUUUUUUGAGUCAUUGAACUUUCGCUCUGGUUUUUCCUCCUAAAAAGUAAGACUUCCAAAAAAAAGAGCCACGAGAGUCGCUGCAUUCACUGUAAAAAAAAUUCGUAGAACAAUAAACCCUAUGAAAAGGGUUUAUUAUUCUACGAAUUUUUUUUACAGUGUUCUGACUUGUUCUUUCAAACAAAAAAAAAUUAAAUGUCUAGAACGAAGACCCACAGAGAAAACUUGGAGAUACUAAAGAGCUAUUUUUGCCCCUUGUUUGGUGCAUAUUUCGGUUAAACAUCGUGCUAUAGGGCUGAAAAUUUGACCAUAGCCAUGUCUCACCAGCCCGAACAUAUCCUGAAAUUUUCAUAUCAUUUGAAUGUUCCUGGGCUGAGAUCGAUUUUUGAGGGGGAUGGGGAUGGCCUUAACUGAAACAAAACUUAUAUUAUCUCAACAUCAAUGACCUAGUUUGAUUGUGAAUUGACUUGAUAAUUGCGUAUUUUAAUAUUCAACUACAGUUUGGCGGAGACCACGUUUAUCUACUGAUGAACCUUCACCAUUAUUUACUUUCAAUAAACCAAAUGAUUAUUAUGUACAAUUGAAAAAAAAUCUGUUGAUAAUACAACAACACACACGUGAUAAUAUUAUUCAUCAACAACGACAAUACAAGAUGAAUUAUGAUAAACAACGUCCAGAUCCACAUUAUGAAAUCAAUGAUCCAGUACUGAUUAAAAUUCAUGGAAUAAAGAAAAAAUUAGAACCAAAAUAUUCGAUUACACCAAAAAUAAUUAUUAGGAAACAACAUCCAAUUUAUUGGGUCAAAGAUGAAAAAACACAGGUCCAAUCCAGAGUACAUGUUAAUGAUAUUCGACCUAUUCUUAUUUUAAAAUUAACAUGA